GCUUAUUACUCCUUACGGUUACUUGGCUAUUACCUACUAUGUAGUUAGGUACAUAACUUAAUACUACCUACCUAGGUAGGUACAUCUCUUUGCUAUAUACAACCUUAUACGCAGCUACGGCAUACGGCACAGAAGUUUAAACAAGGCCAACACCUAACGACCAAGAGAACCCCACACUUAUCGGCGUGUCGGAAUUAGAACAAGCGCCAAAGUUUCUCUAUGUAAACAGUCUAAAGCUACUAUGUAAACUGUCAAAACCACUAAAUCAAGCCAAAAGCUUCCAGGCCAUGACCGCAACUUCGUUAUCCUACCUAUGGUCCAUAUCCUUAUCUAUUAAGCUCCGCACAUCUUUAGGGUCGCUUUCGUCCGUCUCCUUGUUGCAUCCAAGACCCAACUUUUUCUCAAGCCCACGCCAUUCCACGCUACUACAUACACAUCUAACCUACGCUUCUACCUUCCCCUGCCUCUCUCUCUCUCUUACACGGUUACUCGGGAAGGUUACUUGGAAGACUUACCGUCUGCGACAUGUCCGAUUAUUUGAUUAUUUGAUAUAUAUGGUAUAUUUUUGGAGAAUAUUAAGCUAGACCCCUGCUUGCUGCUUGCUGCUUGCAGGUGAGUGUGUCUGUGCGAUGCGCAUUUAGCUUGCUUGGUUAAGAUCCCCUGCGCCGCAACGCUUGACCGCUGUGCUGGUAUUUUCUUUCCCUUGUCCCUUGCUUGUAUACAUUUAUAACCCAACUUGGAAAUUCUUGGCGUUAUAAUUCUUUUCGACUUUUCGAACUAAAAAAAAAAAAAAAAAAAAAAAAA